AUGCCGGAUCAUACGGGUGAAAAUGACCCCUCACCCGAUAACGGAGAAGAGCAAGUGAAGCAAGAUGACAACAAGCAAAGCGAAGACAUAGAUGAUGAGAGUCACAAUUCUCAAUCGGUACAUGAAUCUCUAGCCUCGUCUAUGUCUCCUGUACUGGAUUCAUGGCCCCUAACAGACUCGAUUUCUCCGGAAUCUUUUCUACAAAAACUUGGACGCCGCCUGGCUGGUAAACUCUAUCCGUUCAAUACCGUCCAAUUGGGUAGCUCACUGCCCCUUGAUCCUACGUUUAAAGAGGACCAGACCGAUAUGUUUUGCGUUUCUGAAUAUGGGGGUGAUCCCGUCUCACACAAUAACAACGAGUCCAGCCCAGGAACACCGACCGGAUUUGACCGAUUUCAUUCUACACCUCAAAGUGACCUUACUAAUACCCAUUCUAGUGGCAGCGCAAAGAAAUCCCUAAAUGUCGAUUCGCCGUCAUUUACUCCUACUCAACUCGGGGGUAAAAAAUCCAAUUUUUCAACCAAUGCCACCCCUUUUACUCCUCGAGGGGCUGCUACAGCUACAACAACCGCCCUACAACAAGACAAUGGGGCCUCGUUAUAUAAAUCAGCUCAGUUUGCUGACUUUGCUCCUCAAAAUUAUGAUUUGAAUACCACGACGGCUACCAAUGGUUCAGAUAACGGAUCUCUCGGUUAUGAUCCAUUUACCAUGUCUAGUGUCAGCCAAGCGCUGCCAUCGGCGCAAUACAACCCUUACGCCGAAGAUCAUAAUGCCCUAGCUGGAGCCGGAGCAUCCUAUUUCACAGCCCAGAACUCUUACACAGCUCCCUCUCAACCACUUCAAUAUCACCUUUACUAUCCUAUCACUUCUAUAAGGGAAAAUUUGCAGCCUUACCAGCGGCAGUUAUACGACUUAUUCCUUCCGGAGUCUUUGAGGGAAGAUCUUCAAAAGAAGUCCGAGGCUACUAGACAGGUUCUUCCAAACCAGCCCGGAGUACAGUUGCCCAACCUCCAGCACUAUCACUCUCUUGUGCCGUUAGAUACGAAGAUUCGAAGCACAACUAGUACUUUCGGCCUUCCUAGCUGGGUAUUUAAGGCGACUUCGCGUAAAAAUGGCAACACAUUCUGCUUGAGACGAAUUGAAGGGUUUCGUCUCACAAAUGAGGAAGCCAUUAAAGCGGUGAACUCGUGGAAGAAGAUUAUACAUCCUAAUAUAGUCACCACCAUUGAAGCAUUCACCACAAGGGAUUUUAAUGAUAGCUCCCUUGUAUUUGUGCAUAGUUAUCAUCCACUAUCAAAGACACUAGCAGAGCUUUACUUUCCUAAUAACCGUUACGGUCGCCCAACAGCCGUGCCGGAGAAGGUGUUGUGGAGCUAUUUAGUCCAGCUUGCUAGUGCUAUCAAGGCGAUUCACAAGGCUAAGCUUGCUGCCAGGUGUAUCGAUAUUAGCAAGGUGAUCUUGACGGACAAGAAUCGCGUCAGGCUCAGUGCAUGCUCGAUUUUAGACGUACUUCACUUUGAGGUUCCGCGACGAGUUGAGGAAUUGCAACAAGAGGAUUUCCUUGGUCUGGGACGACUCAUUUUAAGCAUUGCGACCAAUACGCCACCUCGAAAUCUCGGCGACCUACGAGUACCCUUAGAACAAUUAAGUAGGGCAUAUUCCCCGGAAUUGAGGGAAAGAAUAACUUGGCUACUCAGCCCGCCACAAAAUUUGUCUGGCAAGACAGCAGAGCAUUUGGUAUAUGAUCUUGCUCAGCAUGCCGACGAUGUAUUAGUUGCCGCGUUCAACGUAGAAGACGAAGCCAUUACUCAUUUAGGGAGGGAGCUUGAGAACGGACGACUAGUACGAUUGAUGGCGAAAUUGGGUUCCAUCAACGAGCGACCGGAAUUCGACAAUGAUCCCAAUUGGGCAGAAACCUCCGAACGGUAUACUCUGAAGUUGUUUCGAGACUACGUCUUCCACCAAGUCGACGCCCAAGGCAACCCGGUUGUAGAUUUAGGGCACAUCAUUAGCUGUUUGAAUAAGCUAGAUGCUGGUAUUGAUGAGAAGAUUUACCUUACGAGUAGGGAUCACCAGUCAACAUUUGUAGUUUCAUAUAAGGAGUUGAAGAAGCAGGCCCAGGGUGCAUUUAACGACCUAUUCAAAGCAAGCAACAAACCGCAGACAGGACGAGGCUACUAG